UGUAGAAGAUAUACAAGUAUAUGCACAAACAAGACUAAGAGAAGAGAAAAUAUGUCCGACGGAAAUUUCCCAGAACGUCCAGGCGAACCAGAGUGCAGCUAUUAUCUUAGAACUGGAAACUGUUAUCUGAAACAAAAUUGCAAAUACCAUCACCCCAAGAAUAUAACGCCGAGAGAGCCUCCAUGUCCUCUCAAUGACAAGGGCUUACCAUUAAGACCUGAUCAAGCCAUUUGCCCACAUUACAGUCGCUUCGGCAUUUGCAAAUCCGGUCCGACUUGUAAAUUCGACCAUUCUACCUAACCAUCAUCCUCAGCUCGCAAAUGAUGAAUUUGAAACUGACAUUCCUUAUCUUCUGUUUAGGAUGAUAUUCUAAUAUUUAUCUAUGUAUGCAAAAUCAUGUAUUUUAUUCACCCUUUGUAAUAAUAUAUGAAAUGAUGUUAUUAAGGAUCAAGUUGAUCACCAUGGUAUAAAAAAAUUUCAUUUCAUGUUACAAAGAUUC